UAUUCCAUUGCUGACUCCAAGCUCACAGCCACAUCUCUGUGUCUGCACGUUGCUGUUUUUUCUCUCUCUCUCUCUCUCUCAGUGCAGCAGCAGCAGCUGAAGUCUAUGUUCAUUGCUAACCUGAUCAACCCAGGAUGUGGCUUCUCUGUGACAUCACACCCAGAUGUUUUUCCAUGCCACGCCCCCAUGGGGCUCUGAAACACUCAGAGGAGCAAUAACGGGGAAAGCUUAUUCUACUGUCACAAUGCAAUGGACGGGUUAGAGAAACUGCAUUUUUGUCAUUUCAUUGCACUCUAGAAGAUCAGCGUUAAUUCCCACUUAAAGCAACAAGCUGCCAGAGUUAGGAUUUGCUCUUUUUUAUUUCACUGGACUUUAAAUGCCUUUUCUCUUUAGUGACAAGCUGGGUGCAAUCUUUACAAACAGAGUGCAUUUAGGAUAGCUGCUCAGUCAGCCCUCGCUUCUACAAAGGGAUCCUAAGAAAUAGGAGGGGAAAAGUCUGCUUUUAUUUUAUUUUUUUUAAAAAGGGAAAACGUGCAAUUUUUUUUUUUAAACACACCUAUGAAAAAUGGCAACAGCAGCAUACGUGGAUCAUUUUGCAGCCGAGUGCCUUGUUUCUAUGUCCAAUCGUGCUAUUAUCCACAGUCCCAAAGGGGACGCAGAUCCCCGACCUGAUGCAGCAGUACCUCCUCCUCUAUCAAAUGGAGAAAAUAAGCGGGAAGUAAGAGAGACCGGGAAAGACAAUGGAUCGUCGCUGUUUGUGGUGGCCAGGAUUUUAGCAGAUCUCAACCAGCACGUCCCAAACUCUGCAACCGUUCGGAUGGAAAAAACAGAGAGCAUCGAUCACAGGGAAAAACUAAGUCCUUCUUUUCCUCCUCAGUUUGGGGAGGAAAGUGUCUCCCCAACCAGCAAGCGUGGAGAAGGAAAAGCAGCCACACCUACUAGCCUGGCUGCAGUAAGCGAGCCAAGCCCCAAACAAAGGAGCAGACGGGGAAGGAACCGGGCUGACCCCGAGUCACCCCAGAAAAAGCACAAAUGCCACUACGUGGGGUGCGAAAAAGUUUAUGGCAAAUCUUCCCAUCUCAAAGCUCAUCUAAGGACCCAUACAGGAGAGAGGCCUUUUGAAUGCAGCUGGCAAGAAUGCAACAAGAAGUUUGCUCGCUCCGAUGAGCUGGCCCGGCACUACCGCACUCACACUGGAGAGAAGAAGUUCGGCUGCCCCCUCUGCGAGAAGCGGUUCAUGCGCAGCGACCACCUGACGAAGCAUGCCCGUCGCCAUGCCAACUUCCAUCCCAGCAUGCUCAAGAGGCGGAGCGGCAGCAGCUCCAGAACGGGGUCUGUCAGUGACUAUAGCCGUUCGGAUGCAUCAAGCCCCACCAUCAGCCCCGCCAGCUCCCCGUAAACCUACCUGCACUGGAUGUCAGCACUUUGCCUCUGACACUUAUUGUGGAGUUGAAUUUGUGUUGCACACAGUUUUAAAACUGUCGCUUAUUUUGUUUUGUUUUUCAAAUCAGUAAGUAGCUGCCUCUCACUGCAACUUCAAAACAAGAACUCUUCACCUCGCCAAACAGGUGGCUGGUCUAACCUCACGGACAGACGGAUCUUAAUGUCCCACUUAGUGGCUCCUGCUGCCUCAAUAUUUCAUAUGUUUUACAGCCAAAAACAGAUGCUCUUGAUUGUUGUUUAUAUAUAAAAAACCCAGAAAACCUUAAAAAAAACCUAUGUAUAAUUCACCUCAGGUGUCCGAGCAGUUUUGAGAGAUCGGACUGCACAACACAAGCAUACAUACAGUUACAAUUCAGUUGUGUUGGGCUUUUCCCCCCGCCCCCUUCUCCUUUCUCAGGGAUGGCUAUUUAUAUUACACAAUAAGUACAAUGAAGACAUACCUUUGCCACAACCUUACUCGGUAAAUAUAUUUGCACUCAGAAGCAUUUUUUUGGGUUUUUUUCACACACGUGGGGAAAAAACAAACUAGUACUGGAAGUUAGUGCCAGGCUCUUUUAUUGUUUGAUUUCAGUUACAUCCUAUCUUUGGGGGGCCAACUUUUUCAUGUAGUGCCCUUUGCUUUUGAGAGCAAGCAAUCCUUUCAUUUCUCACCGCAGAUGCUCCAAAAACCAACUUCCCGUUGCGAAAAUCUUCCUGUCCGAGUUGAAUAAACUUUUCUUUUUAAAGCUAGAUUAACUUCUGAGAAAGAUUUCUAAAUGAGAUGCCUUAAUCAAAUAAUCUAAACACAAGGAAACACAUUUACACUGGUUAACAGCUUUUCCAGCAAGGUGGUAUGGAAUUUUGGAGGCAUUUUGUCUUCUAGCUCUCUGAGUUAUAAGAUCUCUCUGCACUGCCUAUCGAAUAUGGGACCAAUGAAAUAUUAAAGCAAACCACCUUGACUUGAACAACUUUCUUUUCCUUUUUUUUUUUUUUUUUUAAAUAAAAAGAACUGAGAAAAGGUAGCUGAACCAAUGCCCAUCAAAACCUUUAUCAAGGUACUUACUUACUGUACAGCUGAAUGCUAACAUAAAGAAAUUCCUUAAGACAAAGUUUCUGUACACUGUUGCAUCAUAACUGUGGUCACCGAUAAAAAGGAAACAAAAAACAUGCAUUUUUAAAAAUGUGUUACAAAAAUGGUGUUUUAGCUCAAAAAAUACUUCAGGCUUCUCUGUCACCUGUAGAGCAGCAUUCUAUAAAGCAAUGUCCCCUUCACCUAUGAGACAUUGUAUAUUAAAAAGGGGAGUUUAGAUUUUUCUAUUAAUUUUUAAUACUAGACCACUUUAUCAGGUAUAUAUCUGUGCUUUACAAAUGGUAUAUAAUAUAGCAAAGGACCAGAAUAUUGUGAUGUCACAGAGACCUCAUUGUCAGAAAAUACACUUUGUUUGGAUUGGCUGGUUCAGAUGGUGCAUAUUAAAAAUUCAGGUGCUUUUGGUUUUGGAUUUUUUCACAUUACUGUAAAGAAUAAAUGCAGUCAAGUGUAGCACAAUGAAAAGAAACUCAAUACACCAAACCUGCUGUUUGAUACAAAGUGAAUGCCUCCACAUUCCAAAGGAGUCUUGAUCCAUAUCUAUCUUGCUGCUUUGCAUUGAUCCAAUUUUGCUAGAUUUUUAAAAAAAUUUGUACUGUAUAUUAACUGUGAGAGGCUAGUACAUUAUAGAUUUGUAAGUAGUUUCAUAGGUACUUGCAUACCAUUUACAUUGUUGAUAAUACCAAGCGGUCUUUCAGUUGUAAGAUUGGUAACUACUUAAACACAGGUUAAAGUGCAGAUAUUUCAGUAUUUUUGUGUAUAUUUGUUUCAAACUUCACCUUUACAAAAACAAUUUUUUUCUAUUGAAUUGUAAAAUCACAUAAGGCUGGACAUUCUGGCUUCAUAUGAUGGAUGGAAAAAGCCUUUUGACAGAAGUCCGAUUAUUGUUUAACUUGUGUGAUGAGUUGCCUAAAUACUGUCGGUUUAGGAAAAGCCAUGUUCAUUUACCUCCCUAGUUACAACUGUUGUAAUCUCUUCUCAUAAAAUACACAAUGUUGAUAUUUUAAUACAAUUCAGGUAGCAGGAAUUCACUUUCCAAUAGCUUUUGCAGCUCAUAAAAGUGCUUUUGUGCUGUAGUUAGUACAGGGAUAAUAAAGACAACUAGCUUAGAGAAUUGUACCGGUCAGUUGUGGCUAGUGCGCACACUCUUAAAACAAUUCAUUAAGUGUAAAAAAUAUUUCUCUCAUCAUGAAUAAAUCUUACUGUAGGGAUAAUGAUAAAGGAAACAAAACUGAAAACAAAGGAUGAUUACGAAGUACUCAUCAAAAAAGUGAUGGCCUUUAUAUGUUAUGGCUUCAAUCGGGUAUGCUUUAUCAUCUCCAAAGAAAGCAUUAUUUUCUUCUUAGUUCUGUUGCAUAAGCAGAAUACAGUUCCAUUCCACCCAUUAUACUACAUGGUGACAUAGAUUUAAAACAGGUUCUUGACCUAUCACUGAAGGCAAAAUUCAAGUUUAUAGGGUAUACUAUGAAUUAAUGUAACUCAGGUAAAGAUAUGGAUUAGUUUAUAAGCAAAAUGCUUUGACAGUCUCAGUCUAGCUAUAGCAAAAGUUUGUCCCUACUGCUCGAGCAGCACUGGAAGAGGAUAGUAAAUCCAUUCUGAAUAAAUCUUUUAUCCAAACAACAAACUGUAACUUUUAUCUGCCUCCUCCCAAAAAUAUUUGGAGUCAUUCUGUAAAGUUAGAUGGGAGCAAAAAUAUUGAAUGCAAGCUGUUCUCAAUGGAAUUCCCAACUCAACCAAAUAAUCUCAUGAGAAAAGCCAUGCGACCAAUUUUAUUCUUAAAUUGGGGCAGUAUCUGCGUCAAACCUUCAAACCUUUUUAAUUUCUUCCACCUCAGAGAUAAAAUUUUGUAGUUAAUAUUCUGAUCUGUCAUGUGUUAAGACCCUGGCUAGAGUUUCAAAACAUACAUUAAAUGCUUUCUACAUUAGUGGUCAUAAAGAUUAUGAACAUUUAGGUUCUUGUUAAUGCCAGUUUAAUAGUGACCCACACUAAUGCAUCUGUUAAUGGAUCAGCAAAUUGAUUCAGAGACACAAUGAUUGGAUUUGAACAGCACUUCUCUCAAGAUUCUCUUAGCUAAAGAGACAGUUUUGGUUUCUCCAGCGUUUGUCCAGAAGCAGAAGUGGAAACAAUAUCAUAAGAUUCUGUUCUCAUUCCUCAGUUCUGGCAGACUCAAGUAGCCUAGACUGUUCAGAUAAAGCAUUUGAAAUCUGGAUGCUUAUCCAAACAGACCCCAAACUCCAAACCUUUUGUUGUUUUAUCCAACAUUCUGAUUUAAAAACUAGUCUCCCAUUACUACACCCAAACUGCACAAUUCAGGAUACACUGCUUUGGCUAAGUACAAAUUCUGCCCACUCCUCCAUGUCAUGUGCUUAUCUCCUUCCUUCCAAGCACAGAGACCCAAGCACUCAAGCUGAUAUGGCUGGUCCUGAACAAUGAAAUUGCCUUGAGAUUAUAAAUUUUUGAUUUUAUUCAACAAUAAAUUCAUUAAUAGCAGCAAACAAUAAAACCAUUAGGAUUUGUUUACAGUUGUCCCCAGCCCUGGUCCUAGCUCCUUUUGCUGUAGUUAAACUGAAGUGCCAUGAUGUAUGAAGAGCCUGCAACAAUGAAAAUGAUCGUUUUAGUUUUCUUGGAAAUUGUAAAGAUUGCUGUUCUCCAUUAAACGUCCAUUAAAAUAAACUGAAGUCUGAUUGACUGUAAACUACACACAGUUUGAUAUAAACUCUGCUUUAUGUUUUAUCAACAUUAAGGAGUUAAUUUUGUUGUGGAGCUGGAACCGGCAUGAUUUGAGGACAGUAGUUUGUUCCCUCCAUGGACUUCUACUUAAAUACUUUUACAUAUACAAAUUUAUUCCAGUUACCAGAAAAUUGCAAUAUGAUCCAUUGGACAUAGUUUAACUUCCCUCUGUGCAAAACCCAAAGUGCAUUAAUGGUCAUAAAACUUCAGUUUCCUGACCUGCUUCCUAGAAAGGAAUCCAACAUGGUAAGCUCUAGGCAGCUGAGGUGUCCCCACAACCUUAAAGUCUGCAAACUAGCUGGCUUCUUGCUUUUAUAGCAUUUAUUUGUUUACAUUGGGUAAUGGUAAAGGUAUAUAUUUAGAACAAAACAACAAAAGCCUAUGUUUGAUAGGAACACCUAAUUUCUGUAUAAGAUGACAUGUUUUCUCUAUGUACCGUACCUUCUUCACCACAUUAUUACUUGCAAUAAAUUCUAGCCCUGCAAGCUUCUGUACAGCUUUAAACCCUCAUUACCUUGUAUCAAGAAGUUCAAUGCUUUUUUAUGUUUUAUAUAGCCAGUAUAGAAUCAGGUAUAGGAAAUGGCCAUGUGAGAGCUCAUGAAGUCCCCAUUCGAUUUCACACCUGGCUUUGUUCAGUCAGAGUAUCUGAUGUGAGUUCUAAGUUUUGUACUGCGUGAAUUGUGUUAUGUUUUGAGAACAUGCUUUAUGAACAAAGAAUAAGGAAAAUAAGACUCUUUAUAUUUAAAGCUUGCCUUCUCAUAGCCACUUGUGUUGCUAAUUUCACCAGCUGAUGUCCACAAACUGACUUUCUGGUGCUCUGUUACUCCCAUAUGCCCCAUGUUUGUGCGUAUAGAUGCUCAUGUGUAGACUAUGACAGUGAGCAGUAUAAUGGGUUUAUAUAUUUUUAAGUGUUGGGGAUGAUUAUAUAGUCAGCAGGUGGAAGAGAACAUAACUGAGUAGUGCUUGUUUACCCCCAAAAGAAUAAAAAAUAUUUGUGCAAGAAACAAUACUCAAGGGAAUUAUAGGUAUCCAUUUUGUUACAACUUGUGAUGAGUCUGACCCAAAAUCCUAGAAACAAACAUCUUGGGACUUUGGGAAAAUUUGAAUCUCCAUCUGAACUUUGGGGUUUAGGCCCAUCUUUAGUUACAACUACAAUUAGUUGUGUAUGUACAUUGUGUGUGUGUAUGUGCGCACAUGUUCAUGCACAGACACACGUUUUAUACAUAUUUUUCACUUUUGGUGAAAUUUGAUGUUACACACAUCAUUUUUACCUGGACAGUUUUAUCAACAGCAUUUUAAUGCUUUCCUGGGUCACUUUUUACCUUUCUAAAUCACUACAUUGAAGUAUUACAGUUGUACAGUUAUAUGCUGAUCUAUUCUUGCUCUGCUGUAACUUUUUAUGUAUUUUGUACUGCAUAGAGUAUAUAUUGUAACAAUGUCCUAAGCAAAAAAAAUUAAAAAAUUAAAAAACCCAGUUGUAAAAUACCAUCUUAACUUGUAUGCAUGGUUAAUGACAUUUACAUUUUAAAAUAAAAGUUAUAAUUAAAAAAGA